AUGAUUCCUAGAGUGACACGAAACGUUUUUAACUUUUUUGAAGUAUUAGAAAGAAACAUUUUAAAACAUUUCUUUGGUCAUCCGCCAAAAGAGCUAGCUCUAGCAUAUGUGCACGAGAAGUCGGUACCACAGCAAAAGAGAGAUACACUCAAAGACAUAGUUGGUGAUGGAUUUCUAUUAGCAGUACCAAAAUUUAGACGAACAUUAGAGAAAAGGUUGAAAAGAAAAUAUGGAUCACCUCAGUAUGUAUGGAAAAUGCUUGUCCCCCAGACGAACAUAAAAGUCUGUCAGGAUUGUGGUCACUACCAUGAAAGGGGAAGACUAUGUGGUCACUGUUACAAAAAGGUUGAAGCUGAAACAAAAGAAAUACAAGAGAAAAUAGUAGAAAAACUAGCAAAUAAACCUAUUGAAAAUGAUGUUAUUGUCUUGUAUGAUGGUGAAAACUUACCAGAUCAGCCUAAAGAGUUUUGGCAAGGAAAAAGGAUCAUAGAAAUGAAAAAGGAAAGACCACAAUUUUUCAGUAAAAAUCUUCUGCAAAAAACUACACAGCAACCAUCUGAAUCUACUGAUGUGAAACCUACAGAUUUAGCUUAA